GCUAGUUACCAAGGAGACCCCCAGAUGAAUCAGAGAGACGGACUUGUGUAAGAUCCAGACAUACUGUAUCUUCUUAAUUCAUGAGACCAUAACAUUUUAAAGGAGGAGGAGGACAGAGAAGGAAAUACAAGCCAAGUCUGAGAGGCAUACUUCCCUCCCACAUGAAAGGCAGCUCCUUAUUGUUUUGCCGGGGAAAGAGGAAUGAGCGAGUGGAGACCGAGAAGAGAUGUAGAGAGGACUGAAGUGGAGAUCCUCAGAAGCACUCUCUGAUUCAGUGAAGAAGAAAAGACAGAAAAACACCACACAAGAACAAAGUGGUGGAGCUGACUGGGAGGAAAACAGGCAAAAAGCUGCUGUUUCUAUCCAGGAGUGAAGGGGAAGUCAGUGAGCGCAGGAGAAGCAUCGGCACUGCAACAACCCUGGUGUUUUCUGUGAAUAAAAGCUGUGUUGUUUCCUCUUGCAAUUUUAUAUUCCUAGAAAGAGAAUGGAGGCACUGAGCUUUUUCUCAGAGUCCUUACACAAGGAAGGCUUGCUUGGAUUUGACAUCUGGAGUUCUCGGCUCAGUCUUUUUUGAAAGAUGCCGGUCACUGUUUGAAACCCUGACACACAGCUUUACUCUCCAUGCCUGUCACUUCUGCCCAGUUUCACCAAGCGGCAGAUGAAGCAAUGAAUCUUUCAAAAGGAGCCUAAGACAGGGACAAGGACUCAGCUUCGUGGCAGUGCGUGAGCUCAGUGUUCCUUCCCAGCGAAAGGGAGUUACCAGAAUGUCUGUGAAACAUGUGAAAGGCUCAACCAACCGAAGAGAUGUAAACACAACAGAAGGCGAGUGGAGUUUUCGAAAAUGUGACAACACCAGGGAGCUUUGUCAAACAAAGUUUGGCCAAGGAAAGCUCGUCUUUGGUAGACUUGCUCGUUUUGAUGGAGUUUCUUCUCUCCCAAUGGAUUGGCACUGCUUCUCCUUUUAAGAAAAUUCUUGAACUUCUUCUCUCACCCCUACUUUGUUGUUUCCCCCACCCCUCUUGCUAUAGAAACAAUCUUUCAAAGAACAAACAUAUUUGGAAUGGUGAGGGGAAAGCACAAAUCCAUUCUAACAACUGAAUGUGAAGACUCACGAAAGCCUGCCACAUGCAUACAUAACUUGAUUUCUCUCCAAGGUGAAAACUACAGAAAAAUGUAGAUUAAAAGGAGGAAAAUCUUGCCAGUUCCAGUUUGAAAUCUCCAUAUUGGGAGCAGCCUGACUACAGUUGCUAAGGCCUUACCAUCACCCUUCCCAGACCUCCACGGCAAGGAGAGGCAGUGGAGAUCAAUCCUCUAAGAUGUUCAUUUGGACCAGCGGCCGAAGCUCCUCAUCGUACAGACACGACGAGAGAAGAAAUAUUUACCAAAAAAUCAGGGAUCAUGAUCUACUGGACAAAAGGAAAACAGUCACCGCUCUCAAAGCCGGAGAGGACCGGGCCAUUCUCCUCGGAUUGACGAUGAUGGUGUGUUCCAUUAUGAUGUACUUCCUUCUCGGAAUCACGCUGCUGAGGUCAUACAUGCAAAGUGUUUGGACAGAAGAGACACAGUGCACACUCCUCAACGUCUCCAUCACAGAAACCUUCAACUGUUCGUUCAGCUGUGGUCCAGACUGUUGGAAAAUCUCCCAGUACCCCUGCCUGCAAGUGUAUGUCAACGUCUCCUCUUCAGGGCAGAAGUUCUUACUUUACCACACAGAGGAGACAAUUAAAAUUAAUCCAGAGUGUUCCUAUAUACCCAAGUGUGGCAAGAACUUUGAAGAGUCCCUGUCCCUUGUGAAUGUCGUUAUGGAAAACUUCAAGAAGUAUCAGCACUUUUCCUGCUUUUAUGACCCAGAAGGCACUCAAAAGAAUGUAUUGCUAACAAAACUUUACAGUUCCAAUGUGGUGUUCCACUCACUUUUUUGGCCAACGUGUAUGAUGAUCGGAGGACUAGCAAUUGUUGCCAUGGUCAAGUUGACCCAGUACCUAUCCCUUCUCUGUGAGAGGAUCCAGCGGAUCAACAGAUAGAAGUUAUCAGCUCACUUCCAGGAUUGAUUGACAGCUGAAAUACUGUUUCUUUCUUUUUUUUUCAUUCUUCACCAAAGAACCUUAAGUUUGUAAUGUCUACGUCUGUUCUAAGUUCCUUAUAUUUUUAUGAAGUAGAGCAAUAACGAAAAAGGCUGUUCUAUAUGCAAACGUGAUGCUUUUAUUAUGCAGAUGAUGAGAAAAGGAAUUACCGUUUGCGUUGGCCAUUUACAUGAUCUUGAUUUAUGCUGCAACUGAGUACUUCUUUUCUUCUUCUUUUUUUUUUCUACAGCCAAAAUAGGGCUCAGUGUAAAACCAUUUGCCAAGCUUUGUCUUUGAAUGCAUCAACAUUUCAGCACAAAUCCAAUUUGGAGGGAUGUAUUACAUUGCUACAUGUGUUCACGUGAACCAUUGAAAGUUCCACUUAAGCCAGGAGAUAAGGGAUGGAUGCAAGGGAUGCAGAAUGGAAGGAAGUUUGAAAAAAAGAUAAAAGCAGAACCCUGGCCAACUGAAGUGGAACUAAAAUGGAUGCCUUCAUCCAGAUAUUUCUUGCCUGUGUGGGACUCCCAGCUACCUUCUCCACUGAGGUCAAAGGUCUCACACAAGUGCAGGACGUAUCACUGCACACUCAAGCGCCACUCCAGAGAACAUUGUCAGGCUAACAUCCCAUUGAAAUCUAUAGAACCUUUUAGCCAAGGCUGAUUCCAAUGGGAUGCUAGUACAAUUUACUGUAUAUGCUCAUGUAUAAGUCUACAGAUUGUAGUCAAACAAAUUAACCACAAAAACCCAGGUCGACUUAUCCACAGGUCAAUGUAAGUACUGUAACUUAACACACACACACCCUUUUCUGAGUAGAGUGAUGUAAGGUGAGAGCUUGGUCAACUCUGUGAGAACCUAAAAGCAGCACUGAGCCCUUCUACUCACUCCACCAUGGCACCGCUUCUGAACUUUUUGAGUGCAUGGGUGGGAAAAUUGCUGUGGUUUACAGUGGUGGCUGAGGUGCCAUUGGUUCUUUCCCCUCUCUGUGGAAUGACCCUCAACAUAUCCAAAAAUUAUAUCGAAUCUAUAACCUGCCCUUGAAUUUUACAUGAGGUCAACUUAUACAUGAGUAUAUGUGGCAAUUGUUUUAUGGAGUUGGGGAAAGCUCCAGAGUUCUGGACCGGGGCAAUAAUCUACAAGUCUUCAUGCUCAGGGUUAAAAUUUUGUUUCUGGUGUUUUAGAUAUCUAGCAAAACAUUGCUUUGCAAUAUCUUCUUUCUUCACAAAUCAUUAUUUACCAAAGCUACAGCCAAAAAAAAAACCCUACCAACAAACACACCAACCCUCAUUCCACAAAUCUAUACAUUUUGUCAUUUCAUUUUCUACUCCAGCCUGAGCCCUGUUGGCAGAGAUGGGACCAGAUAACACCUUGUGUGCAAGUCUAUUACGUGCAUUUUUCUUGUAUUUGCUACCAUAUCACUGUAAAGAACUAAACAAAAAACAAAAA